GCGCCUUGCGGAGGUAUUUAUUAUUAUUGUCGUUGUUUUUCCUACGGACACGCACUAGCACUCCACCUGCUGCGGCUAUCCCAAGUAACCUCGCUCUACCAGCCCUACACCGCUUCAAUAUCUCAACGCUAGUAUGAGAAAGGUUUUCUGGUCUGCCAUCGUCCUGUGGGCGAGCUGGGUUCAGGCUCAAACAGCCACAGUUGUUGAUGGUGCGGGUUAUACGGUCGUUGAGGUUGUGACUAUAGAUCCAGCGCUUGGUUUGCCCACUACAGAAAUAUUGCGGACUCUGACGGGUACUGGCGCCAUCUCCUCACCGACUAGCAGCACGACGCCACUCCUGGCAACAACACCUACGUCUACCGCUGCUCUUACCACUACUACCACCGCAGCCCAGCAACAGGGUCCCGUCGGGCAACCUGCACCGACGCAAGCCCAAGUUGGCGGUCCCACGCCCUACACAUACACCACGACCGAUGCAGAUGGCAAUACUGAGACUCUUCUUGGCACGUUUAUUCCCACAGGGCCUGAAUCAGUCCUUCCAACGCCAACGACAACAGGCACAAUUCUGGACUAUAGCUCGUGGCUGGGCUUGGUUGGCACCAAUACGCUACCAGCUCAAUCUAGUGCUCGGGUAUCUUGGCAGCUUUCUGGUGGAUGGUUCGGCGUCAUGCUCGGCACCCUGAUGAGCAUAGUAGCAGGGCUGGUACUAGUUUGAUUGCAGCGUUUUCGGUAUUAGGGCAUGGACUGUGUAAACGUUAUCUGCAUGGACUUGGACGAUCUUUGUUUAUCUGUUUUAUUAUCAUGACUUGGCACGACGCAUUGCUCGUUAUUAGUUUACUCUUCUCAGCAAUACAGGUAGUUUUGUAGAGCU